CUUGAAUGCUGACAGUUUCUCGAAGAUGAAAAAUCUUAAAAUUUUCAUAAUAUAUAACGCAUGCAUUUCUGGUGAUGUUCAUUAUCUCCCAAACUCGUUAAGAGUGCUUGAUUGGUGUGGAUAUCCGUUCCAAUCUUUUCCACCCAAUUUUCGUCCUAAGCAACUAGGUGUGCUCAAUAUGCCUCGCAGCCGCAUCAAACAACUAGGGGAGGGAUUGAAGCAUUUGACAAAGUUGACAUCUCUGAAUUUCGAGGGAUCUCAAUUCCUAAUUGAAAUCCCCGACCUAUCCAGCAGCCCAAACUUAAGGUACUUGAAUGCGAAUGGUUGUACAAGUUUAGUCGAGGUUCAUCCAUCUGUUGGAUAUCUUGAUAAACUUCUAGUAUUAGAUUUUAGUUAUUGUUGUGAACUUACGAAGUUUCCAAAUAAAGUUAGGUUGAAAUCUCUGAAUUUUUUUGGUCUUUACGGUUGCAUAAAGUUGGAGAGUUUCCCAGAAAUUGUGGACAAAAUGGAAUCCUUAAAUGAAUUGAACCUUGAGAGAAGUGCUAUAAAAGAUUUGCCUGCAUCAAUUGGACAUCUCAUUGGGCUGGAAAGUUUGAACUUAAGAGGAAGUGCUAUAAAAGAGUUGCCUUCAUUCGUUGGAAAUCUCACUGUUUUGAAUACUUUAUUCUUAGAUGGAAGUGCUAUAGAAGAGUUGCCUUCAUCAAUUGGAAAUCUCACUGCGGUUACAACAUUAACUUUAGAAGGAUGUGAAAACCUUGCAAAUCUGCCACAAAGUAUUUAUGGAUUGCAAAAUAUCCGUCAUAUUACACUCGGUCAAUGCCCAAAACUUGUCACACUUCCAUUGAAUGCAGAAUCACUUCCCUUGGAGGUUCGAACCAACGCAAACAAUCCACACGAUGACGGGUGGGUGAUGUAUUUUGAAGAAUGCAAUGUAUCAAACUUUGAUUCCUUGGAGAAUUUUUGUUGGUGGUCCAUGUUAAUAAGAAUUAAUCUAUCCAAAAGCAAUUUUGUCAGUCUUCCUGUGUGCAUUAGCAAAUGUGUCAACUUGCUAUAUCUUGAUUUGACGGGUUGCAAAAGGCUUGUAGAAAUUCUAGUACAACUUCCAGUUUCUAUACUAGAGAUCUAUAUGGCUGAUUGCAUAUCAUUGGAAAGAUUUUCAACAUUGUCGAAGAUAUUGGAAGACGGAGACAUGCAAGACAUUAGUUACAUGGACUUGUCUAAUUGCCAUAGGCUAGGGUUGGACGUUUCAAAGAUGGCAAAAAUUGUACUGAAUAAUGAGGUGACGUAUUUAUCUUUUUUCUAUAUAAUUAAUAUGCAUACAUUACAUAUAUUGUUAAUAUUAUACUAUGUACGCUGCACGCACGACUAA